AUGUCUUCUUCCCUAGGAGGAUGCACUUUUGACGACGGUCCUGGGCCCUGUGACUACCACCAAGACUUGUACGAUGACUUCGACUGGGUGCACGUCAGUGCGCAGGAGCCUCACUAUUUGCCACCUGAGAUGCCCCAAGGGUCAUACAUGAUAGUGAUUUCCUCAGACCAUGACCCCGGAGAAAAGACUCGACUCCAGCUUCCCACCAUGAAAGAAAAUGAUACUCACUGCAUUGAUUUCAGCUACCUUCUGUACAGCAAGAAUGGAGCUAACCCAGGCACUUUGAACAUCCUGGUUAGGGUGAACAAAGGGCCACUGGCUAAUCCCAUCUGGAAUGUCACCGGCUCCACCGGCAAAGACUGGCUGCGAGCGGAAUUGGCUGUCAGCACUUUCUGGCCCAAUGAGUAUCAGGUAAUAUUUGAAGCUGAAGUCUCAGAUGGGAGAAAUGGCUACAUUGCCAUUGAUGACAUCCAGGUUCUGAGUUACCCUUGUGAUAAAUCUCCACAUUUCUUGAGGCUGGGGGAUGUAGAGGUCAACGCAGGGCAGAAUGCUACAUUUCAAUGCAUUGCUACGGGGAGAGAUGCAGUGAAUAACAAGCUGUGGCUCCAGAGAAGAAACGGGGAGGAUAUUCCAGUUGCUCAGACUAAAAAUAUCAAUCACAGAAGAUUUGCUGCUACCUUUAAAUUGCAAGAGGUGACCAAGACAGACCAGGAUUUGUACCGCUGCGUGACGCAGUCGGAGAGAGGCUCUGGAGUGUCCAAUUUUGCUCAACUUAUUGUGCGAGAGCCUCCUCGGCCGAUCGCUCCCCCGCAGCUGCUGGGUGUGGGGCCGACCUACCUGCUCAUUCAGCUCAACGCCAACUCCAUCAUUGGGGAUGGGCCUAUUAUCCUGAAAGAAGUGGAGUACAGAAUGACCUCUGGCACCUGGACUGAAACCCAUGCUGUCAAUGCACCCACCUACAAGCUCUGGCACCUGGACCCUGACACCGAAUACGAGAUUCGAGUCCUGCUGACCAGACCAGGUGAAGGUGGGACUGGGCAGCCAGGACCUCCGCUCAUCACCAGGACCAAAUGUGCUGAGCCUAUGAGAACACCUAAAACCUUGAAGAUUGCUGAGAUCAAGGCAAGACACAUCGCUGUAGACUGGGAGUCUCUGGGUUACAACAUCACUCGGUGCCACACUUUCAACGUCACCAUCUGCUACCACUACUUCUGCGGGCACAACGAGAGCAAGGCAGACUGCUUGGACAUGGACCCCAAAGCACCUCAGCAUGUUGUGGAUCACCUGCCUCCCUACACCAAUGUCAGCCUCAAAAUGAUCUUAACCAACCCAGAAGGGAGGAAGGAGAGUGAGGAGACCAUUAUCCAGACAGAUGAAGACGUGCCAGGUCCUAUCCCUGCCAAGUCAGUGAAAGGAACUCCUUUUGAAGAUAAGAUCUUCCUCAACUGGAAGGAGCCAGUGGAUCCCAAUGGCAUCAUUACGCAGUACGAGGUCAGCUACAGCAGCAUAUGCUCCUUUGAUCCUGCAGUUCCAGUGGCAGGGCCUCCACAGACUGUAUCCAAGCUGUGGAACAGCACACACCAUGUCUUCUCACACCUCCACCCUGGUACUACUUACCAGUUCUUCAUCCGUGCAAGCACUGUGAAAGGCUUUGGACCAGCAACCACAAUCAAUGUAACAACCAACAUCUCAGCUCCCACUUUGCCGGACUACGAAGGAGUGGAUGCAUCUCUCAAUGAAACUGCUACUACCAUAACUGUACUCUUGAGACCAGCCCAGGCCAAAGGUGCACCUAUCAGUGCCUACCAGAUUGUUGUGGAGGAGCUGCACCCACACCGGACGAAGCGAGAGACGGGAGCCAUGGAGUGCUACCAAAUCCCUGUCACCUACCAGACAGCUCUUAGCGGGGGGUCACCCUAUUACUUUGCUGCUGAGCUGCCCCCAGGCAACCUGCCAGAACCAGCCCCCUUUACUGUGGGUGACAACAGGACUUACCAGGGCUUCUGGAACCCACCACUGGCUCCUCGGAAGGGCUACAACAUCUAUUUCCAAGCCAUGAGCAGUGUUGAGAAGGAAACCAAAACCCAGUGUGUCCGAAUAGCUACGAAAGCAGCAGCAACAGAAGAACCUGAGGUGAUUCCUGAUCCAGCUAAACAAACAGAUCGAGUGGUGAAAAUAGCAGGAAUCAGUGCUGGGAUCCUGGUCUUCAUCCUGCUUCUCCUUGUUGUCGUACUGAUCGUCAAAAAAAGAUAUAUAACUUGGAGAAGAAACGUCUGCAUUAGAAACAUUAGGAGGAGCUACUAUUCUUACUCCUACUAUCUGCUGGGCAGCAAACUUGCGAAGAAACGCAAGGACGCCAUGGGGAGCACCCGGCAGGAGAUGACCCACAUGGUGAACGCCAUGGACCGCAGCUACGCUGACCAGAGCACCCUGCACGCGGAGGAUCCCCUCUCAAUCACCUUCAUGGACUCUCACAACUUCAGCCCCAGGUUGCCCAAUGAUCCGCUUGUGCCGACAGCUGUGUUAGUGCCUAUUACUGAUGAAAAUCACAGCGCGACAGCGGAGUCCAGCCGACUCCUGGAUGUCCCUCGCUACCUCUGCGAAGGCACAGAGUCCCCGUACCAGACCGGGCAGCUGCACCCUGCCAUCAGGGUGGCUGAUCUCCUGCAGCAUAUUAACCUAAUGAAGACCUCUGACAGCUAUGGAUUUAAAGAGGAGUAUGAGAGUUUCUUUGAGGGGCAGUCAGCUUCUUGGGAUGUCGCUAAGAAGGAUCAAAACAGAACAAAGAACCGCUAUGGAAACAUUAUAGCAUAUGACCACUCCAGGGUGAUUUUGCAACCUGUUGAAGAUGAUCCAUCUUCAGAUUACAUUAAUGCCAACUACAUAGAUAUUUGGCUGUACAGGGAUGGAUAUCAGAGACCAAGUCACUACAUUGCAACCCAAGGUCCAGUUCAUGAGACUGUGUAUGACUUCUGGAGAAUGAUCUGGCAGGAGCAAUCGGCUUGCGUGGUGAUGGUCACGAAUCUAGUGGAAGUUGGCAGAGUCAAGUGUUAUAAGUACUGGCCUGAUGACACAGAAGUUUAUGGGGACUUCAAAGUGACUUGCGUGGAGAUGGAGCCCCUCGCCGAGUACGUCAUCAGGACCUUCACUUUGGGAAGGAGGGGCUACAAUGAAAUCCGUGAAGUCAAGCAGUUCCAUUUCACUGGCUGGCCAGACCAUGGAGUUCCUUACAACGCCACAGGUCUGCUCUCCUUCAUACGCAGGGUCAAGCUGUCUAACCCCCCUAGUGCAGGGCCCAUCGUUGUCCAUUGCAGUGCCGGUGCUGGGCGGACAGGCUGCUACAUUGUCAUCGACAUCAUGUUGGAUAUGGCCGAGAGAGAAGGGGUGGUGGACAUCUACAACUGUGUCAAAGCCUUACGGUCCCGCCGCAUCAACAUGGUGCAGACAGAGGAGCAGUAUAUCUUUAUUCAUGAUGCCAUUCUAGAAGCUUGCCUGUGUGGAGAAACUGCCAUUCCUGUCUGUGAAUUCAAAGCUGCUUAUUUUGAUAUGAUUAGAAUAGACUCUCAGACAAACUCUUCACAUCUGAAAGAUGAGUUUCAGACCCUGAAUUCGGUGACCCCGCGCCUGCAGGCGGAGGACUGCAGCAUAGCCUGCUUGCCAAGGAACCAUGACAAGAACCGCUUCAUGGAUAUGCUGCCACCUGACAGAUGUCUGCCUUUCUUAAUUACUAUUGAUGGGGAGAGCAGCAACUACAUCAAUGCUGCUCUUAUGGACAGCUACAGGCAGCCAGCAGCAUUUAUUGUCACACAACAUCCGUUACCAAACACUGUGAAAGACUUCUGGAGAUUAGUCUAUGACUAUGGCUGCACUUCUCUGGUGAUGCUAAAUGAAGUCGACUUGGCACAGGGCUGCCCCCAGUACUGGCCCGAGGAGGGGAUCCUGCGCUACGGCCCCAUCCAGGUGGAGUGCAUGUCCUGCUCCAUGGACUGCGACGUCAUCAACCGCAUCUUCAGGAUAUGCAACCUCACCAGACCACAAGAGGGCUAUCUGAUGGUGCAACAAUUCCAGUAUUUGGGAUGGGCUUCUCACAGAGAUGUUCCAGCUUCCAAGAGAUCCUUCUUGAAGUUGAUUCUCCAGGUUGAAAAAUGGCAAGAGGAAUGUGAAGAAGGGGAGGGGAGGACCAUCAUCCACUGCCUGAAUGGUGGUGGCCGCAGUGGGAUGUUCUGUGCCAUUGGCAUUGUGGUUGAGAUGGUGAAAAGGCAGAACGUGGUGGACGUUUUCCACGCCGUGAAGACUUUGCGGAACAGCAAACCCAACAUGGUAGAAACUCCGGAGCAGUACCGCUUCUGCUACGACGUUGCACUGGAGUACUUGGAAUCCUCUUAG